AUGGACAUGGAACAAGCCUGUCUAAAGGGGAUGGACAGUCCUCCACAGUCGGCAGAGGAGAAACCCUCCAAGGACGCUGCUCAGAAGGCCAAGGGACCUCGCAAACGGACAAAGACCGGCUGCCUCACAUGCCGCAAGAGACGCAUCAAGUGCGGCGAAGAGAAGCCCAGAUGCAACAAUUGCAUCAAGUCCAAGAGAGAAUGCGAAGGCUACGGCCAGCGAGUCGUCUUCAGACACCCCGUCGGCCCCAUCCCCCAUCUCGGUCCCAUCCGCCAGAUCCAGGGCAUGGGAGGCAUGCCAGGCAUGCCCAUGAUGGCAGGCUCCUUCGGCCACUCCAUGCAGCACAUCGAAGCCGCCUCUGCCUCUCGACCGGCCCUGCUCCCCAUCGCUCCUCGCCCUUCCUACCACCACGCUCACCCAGACGACAUGCCCCGGCAUCACUCCUACUCCUCCUCUGCCUCAGAUCCCUACGCCUCCUCGACACAUCUCCACUCGGCCAUCAGCCCGGACCAGCCCCCGUACACCUGGGACUCCGUCUCGUACAGUGACGGCUCAUACAUACCAACUUCUUCCGCUGCCGUCUCUGCUGCUGCCGGCACUGCUCACCACUAUGCCACUUCUACCUGCUCCGCCAGCUAUCCCUCGUCUGAGGCUCCCUAUCCGCAUCAGGAAUAUGCAUACGAGGACACCAACACCGGCUGGGAUGACGCUGGCCAGCAGCUACAGCCAUAUGAAGCUGCGGCUGCAUAUCAGGCCCAGCUCUCACUCCAAGGAUUACAUCCUCACUCGUCGAUAGUCACGCCAACACCCGAAUAUGUUCGACAUGAUCAUGUUUCUACUACUACUUCUACUGCUACUACUGCUACUACUUACACUGCUACUUCUACUACUACUACUACUACUUCUACUACAUUGGUGCCUAAGUUGGAGUCAAAGGAGGUGCUGCUUUUCCCCCAUUCCCAUGAUGCUAAUGCCCUUAACCAACAUCGCCAACAACAUAACGUGGUGAUGCACGAUGUUGGAGAGGAGAGUGAUGACUAUUAUGAUGUCGAGACAGACGAGGAGCCGGAUGAUCAGUAUUCUUCUGCUGCUCCAGCUGCUACUGCUGCUGCUUCUACUGCAUGCUAUACAGUACCAGGCAAAGACAGCUCCUACUACCCUUCUUCUGCACUCGCAGUAUCUAAUCCGCCCUUCGCGAGUUAUAUGAAUUAUGAUAAUUUAUUGGCCACUUACCGCCCGUCUCCCUUAACUUCCCCCCUUAUCGACCCUGAGGUCGCCAAAAUAUUCUCCCACUUCAUAGGCUCAAUUGGCACCAUUAUAUCCAUCUUCGAGCGCAAGAGCAGUAUCGCGCCGUUUCUCAACGACUUCUGCCCCCUGCCCACCGAGCAGCAGAGCCUUUUCACCCAUACCCUGCCGACCCUGGCCCUGGAAAACCAUGGCCUGCUUCACUCCAUCCUGGCCCUGGGAAGUGCGCACCUCGCCAACACCACGGGACAGUCCUCGUCACCGGCGUUCAGGCACUACCACUUUGCCCUGCGUCGCAUAAGCAAGGCCGUCGGCCUGCCGCAGAAACGGAAACAGAUUCCAACGCUUGCUGCCACCUUGCUGCUUGGCUUCUUUGAAGUCAUAGCGGCCGAACACUCUAAAUGGUGCAGCCAUGUCGCCGGAGCGUCGCAGCUGAUCCGGGAUAUCGACUUUGCAGGCAUGACCAGACGCAUUCGAGCGAUGAGAGCGCGCGCCAGAAAGCAAAAGUCCGUCGCUGGCGAGAAGUCGUGGACUCGAGCUGGUGAUUUCAGGCUUGAUACGUUCUUUGAGAAUGACAUCUAUGCGCCGAUCGAACGGGAGAUCGACGUCGAUCUAGUCGGUGCGAUCAUCGGUAGAGAAACGAGCUAUGAUGAUGCGACGCUGGCGGAGUCUGAGCAUGAGCAGCCGCUCACGGCGAAGGAUAUCGAGGAUCACAGGAUACGGACCGACCUCUACUGGCAUUACUGCAAGCAGGAUCUCUUCCAGAGCCUCAUCAGCGGCAACCCCUUACUUCUCCCGUACGAUAAAUGGGCACAGACUCCACCACGCUCAGCCGUCGGUAGGAUCCAGACAGCCUACGGGACGAUGGACCAUCUCCUACUGCUGCUCGCGCGCAUCUCAGCCUUUGGCGUCCGCGACAGAAAGCGGAAACUCAAGGUCAUGGAAGAAAACGGGGGAGAAUGGCGGCCGCCUCCCAACAUGUUUCCUCCUGGCAUGGCGCGGCCUCCUCCUGCUGCUGCCCAUUCGACUGGGGGUGCCCCUGGCGGCCCGCCCAGGCCCAAACAACCACCACCAUCAGCGAACCGGGACAAGAGCCCGCCCAUGUACGGCAUGCUACCAGCGGGCCCCGUCAAGCUGUUUUCAGGCUUCGCAGCAGGUUCAGCACACCACCCCUCCGGCUCUGCAUCGUCACCCAGCACAACGAGCACCGAUGAGACUGAUCUAGACGCCCGCACUGCACAGGCAGAGGCCGAGUGGCAAGACAUCCUCGCUGCAUGCGAGCGUUUCGAGCAAGCCAUGGGUCCAGCCUUUGCUCCGUUGCCCCCAGACGGAGCACCUCUGAUCACGAGCCCGUUUGGCCCUGCAUUGCAAUACCGCACCCACAUCAUUGGCUGUAUCUGGGGCCUCUACUAUAUGGGCCGUAUUAUCCUCCAUCGAUUCCACCCUUCCAUGCCUCCCGCUGCAACCAUGGCUGCAGUCGUAGCUGCCCCGAGAACAGCCCAGUAUGCGCAAAACAUCGGUCGUGUGGCUGCCGGGAUCCCCUACGACCACCGCCUGCACAACAACGUCAACAACAAUAGCGCUUUCUGCUCCGCGUCUGCCGGCGUUGGCGUUGGCGCUGGUGCCAGCUCGAAUCUAAACGUUACUAUCGCAGGGGUGCUGCACGAGCUUACCGUAUGCCUUUUCUUCGCUGCAGUGCAGUACGUCAACCCUGCGCAACGAGCCUGGACGGUGGCAAUGCUACGUGACAUAUCCAUUAUAACGGGCAGCAAGUCUCCGAUCGCUAUCGCUCGAGGCUGCGAGACAUCCUGGACCAAGGCGUUUGAAGCCGGUCGAGGCCCACCGCACCAGCGUAUGGUUUUCGACUUCGAUCCCAACCUCGUGUGCAGUCGUGAGGGCGUCGUUGCAGACCAUAGCGACGAUAGACGCUGGGUCGCUGUGCAUCGUGGCGGCUCGAUCUCUUGGGCCAUGGGCUUGCUGUCGAUCGAUAAUGAUUAUGCUGGUGGCGGAGAGUAG